ACAUACAUACAUACAUAUGUUCGCACAUCGGAGAGUAUUAUAAUUAUAAUCGUGUGUAAAGUGCAAUACCCUGGAUUACAUUGGUGCUGCAAGUACAAGUGCAAGUGCAGCUGCCGGAGCCGCUAGGAAAGAAAGUGAAGUCUCUACCGCCGAUGCCGACGAAAGGGGCUGGGGCCGCUGGUUGCUGCUAGGCGCACCGCACACAGACGGAAUACACGGAAUCAGGAACAAGACAAGGAAUAGGAGUUGCCGUUGGUUGCCGCUCCCGCAGCCGUGCCCCGUUGUCAUCGUCUCCAUCGAAUCUCUCGUCGUCUCCGAUGCUGAGGCUUAGCAGAAAUGCAUUGGCUGGAAGGCCGCCCAGAGGCAGCAACUUGCAGCAAGCAUAGAAUGCGGCAAGAGACUAACAGAAAAACCAAAAAAACACACAAACCAGCAGCACAGCAGCAGCACACGAAAAGAACACUGAAUGAAUACUGAGCCCGACUCUCGUUUGCAUCUUCCGCAUCCCGCAUCCCGUAUCUUGCAUCCAUACUACGCGCACAAGCAGCAGCUGGAGCCGGCCACCGCUAGCUAGGCAGCUAGGGAGCUAGGCAAGCGCCCGCAGGAGCGAAGGAGGAGGAGGCCCUUGUGGAGGGAGGAGCUAGUCUGGAAUGUUGGAACACCCACAGCGGUUCGCGCGUAACAUCCCCGACUCCUCAAACAGCAGCAGUGCUCAUCAGCAGCAGCAGCAGCAGUAUCCGCCGCCGCCGCCGCAGCAUCAGAAUCUGAAUCUCAAUCAGAAUCAAAACCAGAUCUACCAGUACCGUCCGCAGGCGCAGGCACCUGGAUCGCCGGCGCACCAUCAGCGCCACUCGUCGCUCUCCCAGCAGCAGCAGCAGCAACAGCAGCAGCAGCAGCUACAGCUGCACCAUCGCACCCUGUCGACCGCCUCCAGCUGCAGUGCCCAGCACAAAAGUGUGACCUUCGGCCAGCCAGCGAUCGAUUACAGCAACGGCGGCGGCAGCAGCAGCGGUAACUCCUCCAGUUGCAGCGCCGCUGGCAACGCUGGACCCCAAUCAAUGGCGGGCAACAUGAAGCACGGCAAAUCUCAGGAAGACGUCUGCUACGUGGUAGCCAAGUACGAUUAUGCGGCGCAGGGUGCCCAGGAGCUGGACCUGCGCAAGAACGAGCGCUAUCUUCUGCUGGACGACUCGAAGCACUGGUGGCGUGUCCAGAACAGCCGCAACCAGUCCGGCUACGUGCCCAGCAACUAUGUGAAGAAGGAGAAGCCCUCGCUCUUCGACAGCAUCAAGAAGAAGGUGAAAAAGGGCUCCGGGUCGAAGACGCUGCCCAACUGUUCGCCGUCCCGGCAGAUCGAGAGUCCAACAAUGUCGCGACGCUUGCCCCCCGAUCCGGCCGAGGCCAUUGGCACGGCCAUCGUCAAGUACAACUACCAGGCCCAGCAGCCGGACGAGCUCUCGCUGACCAAGGGCACGCGUAUCCUCAUCCUAGAGAAGUCCAACGACGGAUGGUGGCGCGGCCAGAGCGGCAAUUCCGUCGGCUGGUUCCCCAGCAACUACACAACCGAGGAUUGUGAUAACGAUGGGGAGAUCCACACCUAUGCCAUGGCCGAGAACGUGCUCGAUAUUGUGGUGGCCCUCUACAGCUUCACGUCGAACAAUGACCAGGAGCUGUCGUUUGAGAAGGGUGACCGGCUGGAGAUCGUGGAUCGGCCCGCCUCCGAUCCGGACUGGUACAAGGCUCGCAACAACCAGGGCCAAGUCGGUUUAGUUCCACGCAAUUAUCUCCAAGAGUUGAAUGACUACCUGGCCACGCCCUAUCGCAAUACUAGCGCCGCCGGCAAUGGCAAUGGCACUGGCAGCAACAACGGGGCCGGUGGCGGAGGCGGCGGCAGCGGCGGCGGCGGUGGUGGUGGCGGCGGAGACUCCAUGGAACGCCGGAACGAGGGCAACAACAAACCCUCAUCGCAGUCUUCUACUCAGCCCAUGGAGCGACCAAAUUUGGCGGGCAAGACCUGGUACUACGGAGCCAUCACUCGCAGCCAGUGCGAUACGGUGCUCAAUGGCCACGGCCACGACGGCGACUUCCUCAUCAGAGACAGUGAGACUAACAUGGGCGACUACUCGGUUUCGCUGAAGGCCCCCGGCAGGAACAAGCACUUCCGCGUCCACGUGGAGCAGAACAUGUACUGCAUUGGCCAGCGGAAGUUCCACUCACUGGACCAGCUGGUCGACCACUACCAAAGAGCGCCCAUCUACACGAACAAGCAGGGCGAGAAGCUGUAUCUGGUGCGGUCGCUGCCCAAGGCCAAUGGAACGUAAAUUGCCACAAGGAUGAAUAUCAUCAAAGGGGGGGAUCAUUAUUACCCGUAUUAAGCAUAUACAACACAAAGAUAUACCAAGGCUAACUUAUAGGCAGCUCAGCAGCUCAGCUCGACGUGUAGUUCAAUGUAGUUUCCAAGAUUCAGAUUCAGUUUCAGAUUCAGUCUUAGAUUCGGAUUAAGAUUCAGAUUCAGAUUCAGUUAAAUGCCUAAACCGAUUCCGAGGGUUCAGAGCAGAACUCCAGUUAAGAACAGAUCGGAACGGAAUGGAUCGGAUGGGAUCUGUGUGGAUCUGUGUACGAGUGUGUGUGUAUAUAGAUCUUAUAUAACCACGGACAAAGGACCUUUUUGUACUUUUAUAUAAUUAAAUUAAAUUAAAUUAACGCUUAAUUAUCGCAUUGGCUAUGUUAACCAGAAAGUGAAAGAGGAACAACACACACAUCACAUUACAGACAUUACCUUUUGUGAGCCGCCUUUCGUUGGAGGUGGCAAGUGAGGGAUGAGAGGAUGUGAGAGGAUGGAGGAGGGAGUAGGGGAGGGGGAUUCAAAGAACAAUUCUAGAUGUCAACAUGCAGCAUUACACUUACAUAAGUAUAUAAAACAUACCAUAUACAUACAUGUGCACAUAUUACUAUAUUCUAAAACGAAAGUUGUAGCCGACUAAAAUGUACACAGAGGACAGGAGCAGUAGAACGAAGAGACUAGAGACCGACAGAGAGCAGGAGAUGAGAGAUGAACGCUUUUAACCCAGAACACACUUGAAAAUGUAAUAUGAAAUAUGAACCAUGCAUAUAUAUAUAGUAUUUAUAUAUAUGUAGUAUAUAUGUACGGGUCAGUAUGGUACCCAAAUCAGUAUGAUGAUGAUGUCUAUUAUCCGUGCAUAACGAUUACAUUACACUAUGUAUAACCAAAAGUCCGCAAUGAAGUUGUUUGUGUAUGUACAUACAUAAGUGAUGCACAGGGCAACCCCAACACCAUGCCACACGCCACACACCACACACCACAGACCAACCACACCCACGCACACACACACAGCCAGAGUGAGGAUCGAUCCUACAGUCAUUUUUUUGUUAUUUAACCAUUUAAUUAUCGACUACGAUAUAACCAUAACAAAUACAAUUGAUAUCUCUGGGCAGCUCUGGCUCCAGAUGCUGUUCGCAAAUAAUUAUAAAAACAUAAUCGAAUCGUUUGUGCGGGGGCAACCAGGGAGGGGAGGCUUAUAUCCACAUAUAUGCCAUACUGUACAGUUGAUGCAAUGCUAACACACCUAGACGACACCCUUUUCAGAAUAUACAUACUCUAUUUAAAGUUUUAUUUACGAUUACGAUUACGGUUACGAUUAAGAGUAAGAGCGCAGCGAUUCCAGCUUUAACUUUUGUUUAAUUAUUGCAAUUACAUUUUGUUUGCCUUUUUCAUGGCCCU